AACACAUCCAAUUCAACUCAUGGAGGCCAAGGUUGUAGCCACUGUGUUAAUCGUUCUCUUCCUCACCCUUGGUGGUGAGGCAGCUGCCAAGAUAUGCCAUGAUCAUAGCCAAACCUUCAAAGGGAUGUGCUUCCAUACCUCCAACUGCAUCGCCUGCUGCACCAACGAGGGAUACACCGGCGGCUACUGCAAACCAUUUACAUAUAGAUGCAUGUGCACUAAAGAUUGUGGAGGGGACAGUCCACCUGAUGAUCCACCACCGGCGAUGCCGACAUCGCCGGCGGCGACGACGACGGUGGCCUGAUCGCCGGAGAGGACGGCAACAUAUGGUUACAUUGUGUGUUAGUUGUUUGUGGCAAUAUGAAUCAAUUGGUGGAAGUCUAAUGAUGAACUGAAGAGAAUAAUUGGAUGUUGAUGCACAUAUGUUGCAACUCAAGUUUCUUGGUUGAAGAUAGAAUGGCAUGCAAUGGAGAAUAGUGAGAUGUGUUUGCUGAAA